AAAAAAAUAAUCCCCGACUAUGAAACCAUACACGCCCAGGUCUGGCAUAUCACUAUUUCAGAGAUCCUAACCAAAUCAAUAGUACAACAGUGAAAAUAUGACAUCGAUUAGACUUCAAUGCAGGCUGCAGUUUCUAACGGUGGUCCUGCAUUCGGCUAUUUUUCAUUAGGAUGGGGUGUAAGUUAAAUAUAGCUCUGAUAAAGGUCCACCAAGCGGACAACUGCUUUCCAUUUGUAAAAAGUAACGCCGCAAUUUAUUCUCGCUUGUCUGCAGCCUCAUGGAACGAGUGAAGCCAGACUAGUGCGUUGACAGUAGAACAUAGCCAACAUGUGAAAGCAGCCAUUACUAAAGGGCAAUCGUCUUGUUCGUCCACCUCAUCGCAUGUGUAUCAGUCAAAAUGAAAAAGCACAUUCGACAAUUUAACAAAAUGAAGUCGCAGAAGAAAUGUAUUAAUGAUACCUUAAAAAUAACACACGUGUAAACUACUUUAUCUUAAAACUGCUUUAGCCUUCUUUGGUUAGUAGACUUGUAGGCUAGCCACUGAACUAGAAAUAUACAUGCUGAAAUAAUCUAGUCGUGCCUAGAGCUUCAGGAAGCAGUGUGACAGCGUCAGCAGCAACCAAACGCAAAUAGCGUACUAGCAGCCAUUCCUACACCAGAACUAAACGGUAACAAAGAAGAAUAACGUCGUGCAAUUUGCACACUUAUUUCGAAAAUAUUCUGCUAAGUUUGGAAAUAUUUUACUGAGCAUGACUCUACCCAGGGAACGUCUGCGCAAGCACAAAUUCACAGACGCAGAGCUUGACAUCCUUUUAGAGGAAGUCACCAGGCACGAGGAUGCGCUGUUUGGUCUCCAGGGCAACUGCCUCACAACGCGGGAGAAGUAUAAGAUCUGGUUCGAGAUCACGGAGAGGGUCUGCUCUGCUUCGGGCAUCCAGCGCACUAUAAAUGACGUGAAACGGCGUUGGCAGGAUUUGAAGCGGCGAACGAAAGCGAAGGUUGUGGAUGCACGGCGCCACGUUCCCCGAGACGGCUCCACUUCCUCUCUGAGCCAGCUACCUGACGACGGGAAAGGCUUUGAUGCUUUCAGCAUUCACACUGUAAUAAAAGACGAGGAGCAAAACUCUACCGCUUGUAAUCUCCCUGAAGAUUUAUUUCUUGAUACAGACUCAGUGUCACCCGAAACAUCCCUACCGUCUGUUGAACCAGAACAAACUCCAUUAAAAGAUCAGCCCUUUGAAGAAACUCCACUCACCUCUGUCCCAACACCACCUCACGCUGAGAUCAACAUCUGUUCUUUUUCUCCAGUUUCUGUCGCACACUCUAAUACCAGUAUUAAAGCUGAAGUUAAUAAAAGAUGUCUCAUUGGCAGUAGAUCAGAGAGCAUGCACAAAAAGGAUUCCCAUACUAGUACCAGGGUGGUAACUUCCUGUCCUGGUUUGAGAGUUCCUGUCAGGGCCCAGACUGUGUCCUGCCCCCGAAGGCCGGCUGUGCUGGGCUCGUUCGAGCAGCAGCUGCUGCGUGCGCACCGGGAGCACACCGCCGCCUUGCGCGAGGGCUUCCGCUCUCUGACACGGCAGAACCGGCUGCUGUACCGUGAGAUGUGUGAGACCAAUAAGAAUGUGGCGCGCAUCGCCUCCCGCAUCGCAGAGAAGAAUGACAGCGUGUCGGACGUGGCCGAGGAGCUGAUGGGCAUCCAGCACAAGAUCAGCGAGAGCAUCGACACCACCAACUGCCUGCAAGACCGAGUGAUCGACCUGCUGGCCUCGUACCAGGAGCGCCCCCUUAUCGUUAUGCCCAACAGCCGGAGGGAUGCCAGGCCAAUGGAGGAAGAUAAUGCUGCGUACAAAGCUGACCAUUAAUUAUUUAUGUAUCUUAUGUAUAUACUGUAAAAACUCUUAAAACUAUAUGGAUUGCAAUGUGGUACCCCAGCACUUUUAUGCCAGUAUUUUAUUAUAUCAAAACCUUAUAAAUAACUGUUACAAAGUGUGUCCACAAAACAAAUACAUAUUUUGACACCCACAAA